AUGUUGAUUCUAUUCAUAAUAUUCACAAUUACAUUUGCUCGAUUGCUUUAAAGAGGACCUCAUCCUCCUAGAGAUGAUGGAAAUAGGAGAUAGCCAAAUAACACAAUUAAUCAAUUAUUUGAACAUUUAGCUAAGGACUUAGAUUAGGAUUAAAAAGAGGAAUUAAAAAUGAUUUAAAGUUAUGUAUUUGAUGAAGGAUUUCAAUAUUACUAAAAAUAAAAUAAAGAUAACAAAGACAAAAUUUGGUCUGCAUUCUUAGGUAUGGCUGAAGAAUUAGAUAAAUAAACAGGAUAAGAAAACUAGAGAAUUGAAAAAGAUAUUGAAUAUUUUAGUUCUCUUAAUUAUACAGAUAAAGAUAUUAUAUUAACCUAAAUUUCUUAAAAUUUAGAAAGAAAUUUAAAUGAUACAACUAAAUAAUUCAAUAGCAAGUUAGUUUUGAAUACUAUAGAAUAAUCAAUUGAAAAUUUUAAAUCAAAUCCAGAUAGAUCAAUAUAAACAACAUGGAAUACCAAAGAAUAUAUAAAUUAAUAAUAUGAAGAAUAAGAAGAAUUAGAAGAGAUUGAAUAUUAAAUUUAAGAGUUUUUAGAUUAAGGUUUAUCAGAUGAAGAUGUAAAAAAGAAUAUUACUCUAUUUAUUAAUUAAUACUUUAAUGAAUCUUAAAAUUUAUAAGGUGAUCUAAAUAAUAUAGAUUAGAUUAUUAAAGAAAUUUCACAACAAGAGAAAUAAAAGAAUUCUACUUAAAAAUACAAAAAUAUUAGAUAAGAGAUAAGAUAAAUUAUAAGAGAAUCACUUAAAGAAGGUAAAACUGAAUAAGAAAUUACACAAAUAAUUCAAGAAUUUUUGAAUAAAAAUGGUUAUAAUAACCUAAGUGAAAAAGAAAAAGAAGAGAUUCAAUAAAUAAUUAAAAAUGAGAUAAUAAGAUUUAAAAGAUAAUAAGAAUAUUAAAAAAACAUAUCAAAAAAUGAUUCUUCAUUAACUACAGAUGAAGAUAAUCAUAAUGUUGAUAAUAAUUAAAAUGAUAAAUCUGAAGAAUAUCAUAUCAAAUUUUAUGUUAUAGGAUUUUCUGUAAUUUUAAUGGUAUUAAUUAUUCUUUUUGUUAUAAGAAGAUAUAGGAUCAAAAGUAAAUAAAUUAGAUUCAAAAUAUAAGAAAGUUCAUAAGAAGUAGAAUAAAUGGAUUGA